GAGAUGCGAGUAAACAUGUCUUUGAUGUGACAACCGAAUUCUCUUCGUCCUAAUGAGAUUUAUUUUCGGUGAAUGUAAAUCGAUUUGUUGAUGUGUGAGUGUAUUUAUGAAAAAUUCAAUAUUAAAAGUCUGAACAAGGUAUGGGAUGGACAGUUAGUAGCAUUUGAAACGUUGAGUAAAAAGGAAGUGAUAGUACAACAAAAGAAUUUAAAACGAAUAAACGGAUAUUUUGAAGUGAAUUUGUUGCUGCUGAAACAACAUUAUGGCAGGCUACGCUUUUCUAAGGUUGCUGUUCACGUGGUCAGUGUGUUUGUUGAUUGUUGCACACCACACGCAAGCCCUACCACAAGAUGUCCAGUGUACUAUCACCGCAGCUGAGCCGACAACUUGCGCCAUUACAACACCAAUUUAUUUGUUACCGGAUGCCACGUUGAACAUUGUCAAUAGCAGUGCAUUGGUGAAUGUGACUCGCUUUGAAUUGCGAGCAUUCACCAAUUUAAUUCGAAUUCCGCCGAUAAUUUGGGCCGUUUUCCCGAAGCUAGAGGAAAUCGUGAUGGCUAAUUAUGCAUCAGUGAGCAGCAUAGCCACAACCGAUUUGUUGUACGCUUCAAAGUUGAAGGUGCUCAAUUUGAAAGGAAAUAAACUAUUGACAAUUCCAUACUCGGCAUUUGCGUUGGCCCCAGCACUUGAAAUAAUAGACCUAUCGGCGAAUGGUAUCACCACAAUUGAGGGUAUGGCUUUCAAUGGUUUGAGCAAUUUGAAGCAACUCGAUUUGUCGUUCAAUCGCUUAGGUAUACUUGAUGCAUUCACAUUUUCUGGUUUGACGAAUUUGGAGGUGCUCGAUUUAAGUCAAAACAAAAUCAAGCUCAUCGGCGAUGGUACAUUCAAUUUGCCAAAACUUCAAAUUUUGAAUGUUAAUUUCAAUGACGUAAAGUUGUUGCCCGAUAAUUUGUUUGGUGCAAUUCCCGGUCAGGCACCGCCAUUGACAUAUGUUGACUUUGGUGACAAUAAACUCACCCAUAUCGGUACAUCACUGUACACAUUGCAGGAAUUAAACUUGCUCAAUUUAACAGCCAAUAAAAAAAUCGACGACAUCAAUUUGGAAGCUUUGGCUCAACUGCCAAAGCUCGAAACAUUGUUGCUUUCAAGCAGCGGAUUCCAAUUUCCGAUCGUUUUCACAACAAUCACACCACCCGAAGCAGCCACCAGCUUGCCAUUGCCAACAUCCAAUUCACCGUUGAAAAAACUUUAUCUCGCAAAAAAUAAACUGAUGAACCCGGAUGUGCUUCGACAAUUGGCCUAUUUUCGCCAGUUGGAAGUUCUAAGUUUGGAGGAGAACCGUUUCACUUAUAUCGACAAUAUCAAAUCACUAUCGACAUGGUUCCCGAAUUUACGCACCAUUUUCAUUGGUGAAAAUAAAUUAAACUGUCUUUGGCUCAAUGAAUCGAUUCCGAUAUUUCAGGCAGCUAAUGUAAACGUUUAUACCAUAAAGAAAACCAAAACUUGGUAUGGCACCACCAUUUUCGAGCAGAAACUCAUUUCUUUGGAGGAUUGCUUUGAUCUCGAGAAAAUUUUCGGAAAUAUUCUCUUUUUCUUGAAUAAAUUUGGUGCAGCAAUUUAAUUGUAAUACUGAACGAAAUUCAACGUAAUAAAUGUACUACACAGUAACCGAAAUCGGUUAAA